AUGGAGCAGGGUGUGAGGCAGUCUUUUGAUUAUCGAGUGGAGAAGAGCUGCACCAAUUUACUAAAGGUGAAAUGCAUAUCUCCUAGUUGUGGCUGGUUGUUGCGGGCAAGGAAGUAUUACAACCUCAGACAGAUUUCACAUAUACAAGGUCCAAGCAUAACUGAAAUUCAAAGGAUUGUGUUCAAGGAGUUGCAUUACCGCGCAAGCUACUGGAUGUAUUGGAAAGGAAGUGUAAUUGCAAAGAACAUCAUUCGCGGUACACCGGAGCACGGAUAUGCUUUCUUGCCAGUAUUUGGAGCUUGCAAAAGGGGAUAUCCUCACAUGAGAAAGGUAAUUACCAUCGAUGGCACACAUUUGUAUGGAAAGUACGGGGACGUGUUGCUGAGUGUAGUUGCACAGGACACUGAAAAUCACAUAUUUCCAAUUGGCUUUUGUGUUGUCGAUAAAGAGAACGAUGCUUCUUAUUCCUUCUUCUUCCAAAAGUUGAAGUCUAUCAUAGAAGAUGAACUAGAUAUAUGUGUCAUCUCCGACAGGCACAUUAGUAUCGCGAAUGCCUUCUCCCUUGUAUAUAGUCGUGCACAUCACGAACUUUGCAUGAGGAACCUCGCUGAAAAUCUCCUUGUAAAUCAACAUUCUGGAGAACAUCUUUAUCUAUUCUACGCCGCGGCAAAGACAUAUUCCUUUGAUGAGUUUAGAGAGAAUUUUGAGGAAUUGAAGUAUAGUUGUCUCGAGGCAGCACAUGUCCUUAAAAUUGUGCUUGUUUUUGAAAAAUGGAGUAGAGCACACUUCCCGGGCAAUAGGUACGAUGUGAUGACCACAAAGAUCGCCAAGUCGCACAACUCUAUUUUGAUAAAUGAACGAAAGUACCCCGUGUCGUACAUAUUCAAUUCAAUUGCUAAAAAAUUUGGUGAAAAGAUUAGGGAGCGGUAUGCCUGUGUCGAUGGUAAAAAGAACAUAUUUGUGCCUUGUGUGGAAAAGAAUAAAAGGGAUAACAAAAGUGCGAGCGAUUCCUUAUAUGUGACUAAUCCAAACGGGGUUCUCCACUAG